AUGGACUUCACUACACCCAAACCCUUCCCUUAUGGCUACAACUGCAACUACAACCCUCACUGUCUUAGCUACAGCGCAACAUUGUCGUCUUUCUAUGUUGGGGUGGUAUCUGAUGGUGGUAGUGACAUUGAAGUCGAAGGUGAUGCGAAUGAUCUUAUUGAUCCUUCAAACAGGUUAUCUUCUUGGGUUGAAGGAGGGGAUUGCUGUAAAUGGGUUGGUGUCGUCUGCCAUAACUCAACAGGCCACGUCAACCAACUGCACUUGGUUUCGCCCCCUUUUUCACCUUCAGCCCUAGGAGGCAAAAUAAAUCCUUCACUGCUGGAGUUGAAGCAUCUCAGUUCCCUGGACUUGAGCUAUAACAUUUUUAGCAGCAUACAUAUCCCGAAAUUUUUGGGUAUGCUGGAUAGCUUGACAUAUCUUAACCUCGCUUGUACACAAUUCCAGGGAGUAAUUCCUCAUAACCUGGGGAAUCUUUCAAAGUUGCAGUAUCUUGAUCUUCGAGGUAAUGGAGUGAGCAAUAUUGAAGCAACAAGUCUUCAAUGGGUUUCUGGACUUUCUUCCUUGCAGUACCUUGAUUUGAGCUAUGCGAAUCUUUCUAAAGCAACUGAUUGGCUACAGGUAACAUUCAAACAUCCUUCUUUGUUAGAGUUGCACUUGUCAUAUUGUGGUUUAGAGGGCCCAUCUCCGAUUAUUGUCAAUUCUUUGGAAGGCCCAAUUCCAGAUUACUCUGGGAACAUGUCGUUUCUUGAAGUUCUUGAUCUUAGUUUAAACCAUCUCCGAGUUCUUGAUCUUUCUUAUAAUGGAAUUAAGCAAGACAUAGCAGAAAUCCUACAAAGUUUGUCUAGAUGUUGUCUGGAUUCCUUAAAGUCAUUGUAUAUGGCAGACAACAAUCUUUUUGGCCAUUUAACUGAUCAACUUGGGCACUUUAAAAACCUAGCUCACUUGUCCCUUGCUCGAAACAAAAUUUCUGGUCCCAUUCCAUCAUCGAUAGGGGAGUUAUCAUCUUUGAAGUUCUUUGAUGUUUCAGAAAAUCAAUUAAAUGGUACUUUUCCUCUAUGUUUUGGACAACUGGAAAGUUUGGAAACUCUGGAUUUUGGGUAUAAUCUAUUGGAAGGCGUUGUAUUAGAAACCCAUUUUUCUAGGCUCUCGAGAUUGACAACUCUGAAGGCAUCACAAAAUAGGCUUAGAUUUGAACCAAACCCAAGCUGGAUCCCCCCAUUUCAAUGUGAAAUUAUUGAAUUGAGUCACUGGCAUCUUGGGUCAAAGUUUCCCCAGUGGUUGAAGUUCCAAAAUAAGUUGUCUGUGUUAGAUAUUUCUGAUGCAGGAAUUUCAGAUGUAAUGCCUACUUGGUUUUUGAACUUACCCACUCAAUUUGAAAAAUUAAAUCUCUCCUUUAAUCAACUUACUGGAGAGAUUUCAAAUUUGAACGUGACAGACACUAUUGACUUGAGUUCAAACCGCUUUACAGGUCCAUUGCCCAGAGUACUUUCAUCUUUAAGAAUUUUGUUUUUGUCAAAUAAUUCAUUUUCAGGGUCCCUUUCCGAAUUCAUUUGUAAUCCUUCAAUCAGCGACAUGAUAGUUCUUUUCAUUGAUACAAAUCUACUCAUUGGAGAAAUUCCAGAUUGUUGGAUUCAGUGGAGAUAUUUAGGUUAUUUAAAUUUAGAAAAUAACAAUUUGACAGGGAAUAUCCCAUUUACUUUCGGAUUUAGAAAUCUUUUUAUGUUAAACCUUCGAAACAAUAGCAUGUUUGGAGAAUUUUCAUCCAUAAUGCAGAGUUUUGUGAGUUUGAUUAUGCUUGAUCUUAGUGAAAAUCAUUUCAGUGGAAGUGUACCAGCAUGGAUUGGUGAUAAGCUCUCAAGCCUUGUGAUUCUAAGCCUUCGAUCAAAUAACUUUGAUGGUCAUAUUCCUCAAAAAAUUUGUGAUCUUCAAGUUCUUCAGAUUUUGGACCUCGCCCAUAACAACAUUUCAGGCACUAUUCCAAAAUGUUUCAAUAAUUUAGGUGCAAUGGCCACAAAACAAAAAGGCUAUAAUAAAGUUUUUACGCCGGAGAUCUAUGAUUUCCCAUUUUACUUUACAGAAUUAUUGGUGUUGAAAGGACGAGAGGAUGAAUAUGGUCACACACUAGGACUUGUUACUAGUAUAGACCUUUCAGCUAACAGUUUCAUAGGAGAGAUCCCCAAAGAAAUUGGUAGUCUUGUUGGACUAUUGUCUUUAAAUUUUUCACGAAAUUUCCUGACGGGACGUAUACCAGACAACAUUGGCAACAUGGAGUUAAUGGAAUCUCUUGAUUUGUCCAUGAAUCGGCUAAAUGGUGAAAUCCCUCCAAGUUUCUCCAAAUUGAAUUUCUUGAAUCACUUCAAUGUGUCGUACAACAACUUGACAGGACAAAUCCCAACAAGCACUCAGCUUCAAAGCUUUGAAAACUUGUCUUAUGUGGGAAAUCAUCUUUGCGGACCUCCUCUCACUAAGAAUUGCACCUCGAAAGGUAUUCUAACUGAUGCUACAAAUAAUUUAAGUAGCAGCGACGGAAAUAAAGUGAAUUGGCUUUAUGUCAGCAUAGUUCUUGGCUUUGUAAUGGGAUUUUGGGGUGUAGUGGCUCCCUUGUUUUUCUUUAGGUCUUGGAGGAUCGCAUACUAUCAAAAGCUGGACCAUAUAUAUGGUAAAUUGUAUGUGUUUUGGGCUACUAUGGGUAUGUAG